AUGUCCAAAGAAAAUACACAAAUUCGAUUCGUAAAACGUCCUGCACCAGGCUACUUUGAUCCAAAGGAAACUUUUGCCAUUUUGAAAUCUCCUUUGCCUACUCAAAAUGAAUUAAAGGACGAUCAAAUCAUGCGUAGUAAUGCUAUCGGCGAAGUCGUUUUAUCUAAAAAUCCCAAAUUUAAAGUUGGCGACAUGGUUCAAGCAUUUCUAGGUUGGCAAAAAUAUGGUCUAACCGAUGGCAAUCCACCGCCUGGUGCAGUCCUUCAUGACUAUCUCGGGAUUUUUGGUGAAACUGGAUUAACUGCUUAUUUCGGUUUACUUGAAAGUAAACCAAAACCAGGAGAUACAGUUGUUAUUUCCGGAGCUGCAGGAGCCACGGGUAAUAUUGCAGGUCAAAUUGCAAAGAUCAAAGGAGCACGUGUAAUAGGUAUAGCAGGAUCUGAAGAAAAAUGUAACUGGCUAGUAAACGAUUUGGGAUUUGAUAUAGCGUUAAAUUAUCGUGAUCCUGAAUUUGUAAAAAAAUUAGCUAAAGCUACACCACGAUAUAUCGAUGUAUAUUUUGAUAACGUGGGUGGUGAUAUAUUAGAUCAAUGUUUAAAAAGGAUUGCUAAAAAUGGUAGAAUUGUUUUAUGUGGUGCUAUUAGUCAAUAUAACGAAGCGCAACCCAAAGGUCCUGCAUUUUAUACAGCUCUGAUUUCUCAACGCGCCAAAAUGGAAGGUUUUAUCAUCCUUGAUUAUGUUAAAAGAUAUCCUGAGGCGAUUAAUGAACUUUCAAAAUGGAUACAGGAAGGAAAAAUUAAAAGAAAGGAAUUUAUUAUUGAAGGAUUAGAAAAUGCCCCGGAAGGGUUAUUGAGAUUAUUCAAUGGUCACAAUACUGGUAAAAUGUUGGUCAAAGUUUGUGAUGAGAAUAUAAAAAGUAAACUUUAA